CUGGAGAAAUUAAACUUCAUCUUGUGGUCAUUAAUCAUGGAAAUAAUCAACUUAAUUUUGUUGAUCAUUUUCGAAUGCUUAGUAUGGACUUGUCACAGAGCAGCAAGUGCAAGGGACACACUGAAACCAGGAGACACUCUCAACUCCUCAAGUUCUUUGAUUUCUGCGUCGGGGAAUUUCAGUUUCAGUUUCUAUGUAUACAACGACGGUUCCAAAAACACCAGCUACAUAUCCAUCCAGCGCAACAAGGCCAACGGCAACAUUGCUUGGAUUGGCAACCCUGAAGCACCUAUUUGUACCCUCCAUCAGCAUUUCUUACCUUGGACAGGAAUAAUACCUUGAAAAUUAUGCGUCAAGGCGGAGAUUCUAAUCCAAUUGUGAUUUUCUCUGCUCGACAAACUACUAGGUCUACCAACAUAAGUAACAGUAAUGAUACUGUUGUGGCUAUCCUUUUGGAUUCGGGAAAUUUUGUACUACAAGAAGUGAACUCCGUGGAUGGAUCCCCAGAGCAGGUUUUGUGGCAAAGCUUUGAUUAUCCAGUAGACACCUUAUUAUCGGGCAUGAAAUUGGGUGUCAACCGUACGAAUGGCCAUGUUUGGUCGAUUUCAUCAUGGGAAACCGAAGAAAACCCUGUUCCGGGGCCUUUCACGCUUGAUUGGGACCCUACUGACCACCAAUUGAAGAUCAAGAAAGGUGAGGUGGUUUAUUGGACUAGUGGUGCAUUCACAAGUAGUACUAAUACAUUUGAGUAUAUUUUGCCUGAGGAGUCCAAGCUGUGGUUUAAUUUUAGCAUUGUUUCAAAUGAGAACGAAGACUACUUGACUUACACUGCUCUAGAUCUUGAUCAAGAUUCAGAAUGGGUGCUGAACAACCUGGGGAGACUUGGCAACCUAAACUUUGAAAUUGCACAAGCUGGGAAUUGUGACGGCUACAACACUGGUGGAGGGUGCAUGAGAAGGGACCGGCCACCGAAUUGUAUGGCAAAAUUUGGUGAUGAAUUUGAGGUCAAAAAUGGUUUCUUUAUACCAAGCAAUAUCAGCUCAAGAUCCCCCUACUGGUUUACCAGUAGUAGCAGUGAUUGUAAGGCUACUUGUUGGCAAAACUGUGACUGUGUUGGAUUCGACUUUCCACUUGAUGAUAAUACAAACACUAGUACAGGAUGCCGAUUUUGGAGUGCAGACUCUAAGUUCGUUGAAGAUUUCGCUGGAUCGGGUACUGCAAACAGUAGUUUUGCUUUGCCAAGAUUAAUCACGCCAUCAAAAUCACCACUGCGUAAAGAUAAUACUGCAAAUAAGUGGAUAUGGAUUGGCACUUCAAUUGCCAUUGCUCUAGUUCUUUGCAUUGUGUUCUAUCUACUACGAAGAAGAAGAUUAGCACUUUCUGCUGGCGAAAAUAUCACAAAGAUUCAGAACGAACUGCUCAACUUCAUGAGACCUAAUAGAGUUACGCAUCUUGCUCAUGGGAUUCAAAAUGAUGGGAAAAUGGAACAUCAUGAUUUAAGCGCAUUUAGCUACACAUCUGUCUUGGCUGCGACAUGCAACUUCUCCGAAGAAAACAAGCUCGGGCAAGGGGGAUAUGGACCUGUUUAUAAGGGUAAAUUGGUGACCGGACAAGAAAUAGCGGUGAAGAGGCUAUCAAAAUGUUCAGGGCAAGGAACAUCGGAGUUUAAGAAUGAAUUGAUCCUCAUAUAUGAACUCCAACAUACAAACCUUGUUCGGCUUUUUGGGUUUUGCAUUCAUGAAGAGGAGAGGAUGUUGAUAUAUGAGUACAUGCCUAACAAAAGUUUGGACUACUUUUUAUUUGACUCAACAAGAGGUUUGUUACUAGAUUGGAAGAAGCGUUAUGGUAUAAUCGAAGGAAUCACUCAAGGAUUGCUUUACCUGCAUAAAUACUCGAGAACAAAAGUAAUUCAUCGAGAUUUAAAAGCUAGUAACAUACUACUUGAUGAAAAUAUGAAUCCCAAAAUUUCUGAUUUCGGUAUGGCAAGGAUUUUCACCGAAAAUGAAUUGGAAGGAAAUACUAGUAGAGUCGUUGGGACGCGUGGUUACAUGCCUCCUGAAUCCAUUGAGGGAAUUGUUUCCGUAAAAUCUGAUGUCUACGGUUUCGGGGUGCUAAUGCUUGAAAUCAUAAGUGGUAGGAAGAACAGCAGCUUCUACAACGAUGAUCACGCGAUCAAUUUAGUAGGACAUGCAUGGGAGUCAUGGAAAGAUGGUGCAGCGCUGGAGUUAAUUGAUCCGAUACUUAUAGGCGAUUCAUGCAUAGCGGAUCAAGUAUUGAGAUGCAUCCAUGUCGGCCUACUAUGUGUCGAGGAAGAUGCAGCGGAUCGGCCGACCAUGUCGGAUGUUAUAUCUAUGCUGACAAAUGAAAGCUCACCAUUAGCGUUCCCUACAAAGCCAGCAUUUUUUGUUGGAAGGAAAAUGGCGGGGGCUGGUACAAGUGGGAAUCAGCAACUUGAAAUUGCAUCAGUAAAUGACAUGUCCAAUUCCGAUUUUGGUGCACGUUAGAGGGUGUUAUUCAUGCUUGGCGUGAGACUUCCGUCUCUUCAAGCUAUUAGUGAUGAUAUAAAAGUAUCAAAGUUUGAUGUUCAGGUGUGUUUGCUUGUAUGCUGUCACCUAUAAUAAAAGGUCUAGUAGCAAGUUGUGGAUUGUUUAGCGGUGAGAGCCUUUUUCUACAACAUUCUGAGUUCAAACCAUUUCCCUGUUAUUUGCGUAGAUUAGUGUAGACUAUCGCUUCAUUAUAACAUAAAAGAGUACAUAUAUAUUUAUACAUAUGUGUGUGUGUGUGUGUAUAUGCCUUGUGUGGA